AUGAGAAAGAAUAUCUCAGUAGCAAUUCUUUUGAUUGUUGUCUUAAAUUGUGCUGUGGCUUGGGAAAAUUAUUACUAUAACACAGAAGGAAUUGAAAAAAGAACUUUAAAGAUAUAAGAUUUGUGCACAUUUAUUUCUGAAGAUCAUAAAUAGAUAGAAUGCUAAAUUUAAACAGGCAGCUUUCUACCUGAAUCUUCUCUUUAAUCAAACGAAAUCAAAUCAUUUGAUUAACUUAAGGUGGUUGAAUACAAUAUUGACAGAAACGGUUUUGGAGGAGAUGGCCCCAAUGAAAAAGGUAUUUAGCCUAUAAUUGAUGCUCUUAAAACUCUUGGAGACGCAGAUGUAAUUAUUCUUAGUGAAGUAGCUAGAGAUUGUCCUUAGUGGGGUUCUUAUAACGGUGCUGAAGAAAUUGCUCGUGCUUUUAAAAUGGAUUGGGCUUACUCUGUAGAAUUUUUAGAAUUAGAUAACAGUCUAUUUAAAUUGGGGUAUUAAUGUACUAUUGGUAAUGCUAUAUUAUCAAAUAGACCUUUGAGCAACAUAAUCUAGAAAUAGUUUAAAACUCAAUGCUGUAUGUUUAGCGGCAGAGCAGGUGGUAGAGUAGCUAUUAAAGCUACAAUAGAAUCAUAUAAUAUAACUCUCAUUAGCAGCCACUUAGAAUCAGGAACAGGAUUUGAAGAUUUUAUAGAUGCCAUGAUAACAAGAGAAAAGUAAUCUUAAGAAUUAGUGGAUAUGAUUGAUCCUAUUGAAGAAGAAAAUAAACUAAUUAUUAUUGGUGGGGAUUUCAAUUCUCCUCUGAGAUAAUUCAAUAAGGGAAAACCCUUCAGAGAAUACUAAGAUCCCUUUAUGUUUAAAUAUUUAUGGCCACAUAGAAAUACCUGUGUUGGUGAUACUUUAGGCUACUUUGGAUUAAGUGCUUUUGAUUACUUGUAUUUCAAAAACCAUCAUGGCUACCACCUUGAUAGUUUUAUCUGUAAGUCCUAAGCUUGCACAGGUUUUAGUGACCAUUUCCCAAUUUAAGUUAAUAUUAGUAGAAUGUGA